CUGACUAGCGAAUGAACAGGGGUUUGGCUGGUCUGUUGCCGUCCAUGGGGAGACAAAUUAGAGUACUACAAAUUUUCCCACUCAGCUUUUUCCCCUGCUACAGUUUGUUACUCUUCCAUUUCCCAUCUACAGUAACUGCUCAACUCUUCAGAAAAUUAGGUCCAAGUUUCCACUAUCUCUUCAACUUCAAGCUUUGUGAUAACAAUUCAUGGCUAUUCAUUCUUUUGCCUUUUGCUUCAGUGGAAUAUUCUCUUCAGAAAUUAACUUAAUUUGUGUGUAAUUAAGUACACUGUUAGAGUGUGUUUCAUAUGGAGGAUAACAUUUUUCAGAAAAUAUUUUUUAAUUUUUUCAUGUUUGAUUGAUCAAAAUAUUUUCUUCUGAAAAACAAGUUAAACAUGAGUAGAAUGACUUCCUGAUGGAAGUAGAGAAAACUGUUGGGUGUGUGAAAAAAGUAACAUAUUGAUAGCUGAAAAGAAAAAAUAGCUACUUAUGUUAGAUUGUUAAUGGUGUGAGGCCUUUAGAAAAACCACGGGGAUAAGUCCAAAGUGAACAAUAUCAGUUUAGUCCAACAAAAACAAGUGACCCACCACCCCUUGACCAUCUAUGGUGCCCGUGACUUGCAAGUCGGAGUUUUAUCAUAAGAGCAUCUAGUUGAUGAGUAAUUGAAAGUUCACUGGAAGUUCGAUAUUAAUAUCUAGGCAUAUGGAAUUAUCAGAUAUGAAACAGGAUAAUGAACAGGUAAAAUUGGGGGAAAAGAAAAAUGAUGGAAUUGUAGUUAAUGAAAUAGCAGGAAAACGGCAAACAUGUUACGGAGUGGUGGGCGGAAAAAAAAAAAAAAAAAAAGAAAUAAAAUGGUUUGUGUUAUAACUUUGAAUUUUGCAAGGUGUUGUUAGAUCAUAAGCCGGAAGCGAAAAUACAUAUGGAUCAUAACGGGUAGAAAUGACUUUUAUGUUGACUUCUUCAUGCUUACCAUUCUCAUUUACAGUCAUGAUCUAUAAUAUUUGAACUCUCUUUUGACUGUUUUUGAUGUGCAUAUGUCAUGGAAAAGUUCCCGGUGUGAUUGUUUCGAUUAUCUAUUAAAUCUUGUCGAUUCUAUGUGUAUUUAUACUUACUUAUUCGACCGUAUUUAUUUAAGGAAGAGCAUUGCCAAAUGAUAAUGGGCCAUUACAGGAUGAAUCUGCCCUUGUUGUGUUGUGUGCUUUGAAGAAAUGCUCGUUGAUUUUAUUCCCACCUCAAGUGGGAUAUCAUCGUCUGAAUAUCUCGUCUUUGUGGUCCGUCAACUUUCAUUGGGAGGUAAAAUAUUGCAUUUUUUUCUUUAGUCUUUCUGAACUUUAGGUAUUGAUCCUUAAUUAGAGAACUAAGCUGAUAUACAGGACAGCUCCCCACGGUUCACAAGUGUACAUAGACAUAGCAUUUAAAUCAGGCAUGUGUGGGACUUCUAGCUUGACUACUCAUACAUUGUCAGCCCUCAUUCUUUUGGUUUAAGCACAAGUUUAUGAUUAACUCUGUUUGUUAUCAUUAACUUGUUCUGUUUAUAAUCUGGCUCCUAUAACUAUCUUAGUCAUCAGGAGAGUUUAGAAGUACCAAGACCAUUCACAUGAUUGGAAACUAUGACACAUUCUUGCAAUUUCAUUAUCCCUAAUUCAUGGAUCUGAAGUAUUCAUUUAUGAAACAUACACUACCCAAAAUUACCCCUAUUACUAAGGUAAUACAACACCUAAAUAGCGUAAAUGCAUGUCAACUUAAAAAAAAAAAUAGACUAUUUCUAAAGCUGACUUUAUAGCUUUUGCAUAUAUAGUAUCUGUACAAGAAUAGGCCUUCUUCUGUUCUAACAGUGCAAAUUCUUCUGCUCUAAACUGUAAACUGUCUUUGUAUGCAUCAGUCAUCUCCUUAUUGCUAAAAUGUCAUGUCCAUCACUGCAUCAAGUGAGCAAUUUGUGGUGGAGUUACAAAAGCAUGAUUUUAUGCGUUUCAUCCAAACUACGAAAUGUAUUUCUACCCAGAUAGCUUUGCUUCUCGUGGAGAUUCUUAACUAUUAAGACUUCUCUAUUCGUCUGCUAUUGCGAAGAUGUAUAUUUAUUCUAUGUAUCUUUGGCUAGACUACUCGAUUGUGAUAGGUGAUGCAAACUAUACUCUGGCAGGCAAAAUUUUUUCGUUAUGGUUCCAUAUGUUUAAUUUCAGAACCAUGCAAAUCAGCUCAUAUUGUCCUAUGAUCUCAAUUUGAGGCUUCACUGCAUGGCCAUCUGCAGAAAGUGCUAGAAAAGGCAUGCUUAGCAUAUGGGGAACUGCUGAUAAGUUACCUGGGAUCACCAAAUAUGAUGAUGCUGAUGUUCAUAAGUUGUACCGCCCGAAUCUCUGGUUACUUCUCGGCACUGAAGGUCCAGAAGGUUGCCAAUAUUACGCCAAGGUGAGCUUCUAAUUUCUGGUAAAACUCAUUCUUAAUUAUUAGUCUGCACUCUGCAUGCGUGUCAGUUUGUUCUUCCUUGUUGUAUGUUAACCUGAUUUUAAUGUUUCCUCUCUUCACAAGCUGUUGAUGUGUGUCAACAAAAGGUUCAGUAAUCAUGUAUCAGACUUGAAGAUUAUCACAGUGUAGUCCUUCCUGGUUGGUAUAACUGUAGCUUUUGAACCAUUUUUUUUUUUUUUGCGAGACCAUAAAAUUUAUCCAAAUUCCAAAGCAUAUUGAUCAAUCACUAGUACACUUGGUUCUCAUUCCUUGAAUUAUUAUUGCCUUAGUCAAUACUCCGACAACAUUCAAUAUUAUUCACUAGAUUAAAACAGGGCUAUAAUGCCUAAUUCGGUUUUCUUUUGUCAACCAUAAUGAGGAUGCAAAUUAACGGCUAUUUCUUGGAAAGCCCGUUAGAGGUUAUUUGAGGCUUAUUUUUCUCCUUCUGCUUGACUAUUCAGAGUUUUUGAUAAAUAAUUUAUAUUUCAAAUUUUCAGCUUGUUUGACAACAUCUUGCUCAAAUAGGAUUAAACUACAUGGUAACAAUUGUAAGAACAUUAAGAAUUAUGUGCAUCUUUGGGGCAAAUUUUUUUACUGAAGCACUGGUCAGUGGUCAUGCCAGUAAUCACCUUCCUAAGAUUUCUAGUCAUCUGAAAUUGCAUGAAUCAUGAAAAACAGGAAUUAAGUGGACGAGUUAAGGUUUUAAAGGUGGAUUCUGUGGAUACAACGGGUGCUAGAGAUGCUUGUGUAGCUGGAAAUUGGAAUAUUGUCACAAUUAGUGCUCCAUUAUACUUUCUUUUCUUUUGUUUGUUGAGUAGUCACUUCCCUUAUUAACUCCUUCACCUUCUCUAUUAUCUCUUAAGUACCUGGCGUGUGAAAUGCUUCUUUCACCUGCUAGAUUCUGUUUCUUGUGUGCAUUAGAAUCUGCUUAUUCAGGACGUAGAAGAUUGAACGACAUAAGAUUAUUUGAGUGUAGAUGUGUAUAUUCUACUCUAAGAUUGAAACUUCUUAUAAUUAGGUACGAAAAUAAUUAAUUUGCUUGUACGAUCUAGCGGUAGAAAACAGCUAAAAGAUUAAUAUUUGGCACAAUUAUCUUGCAAACUAAGUACUAAAGGGUGGACCACCAUACAAGCAAAUGAUUCAAUGGAACCCGUUUUGUCAGGCCAACUGUUUUUAAGCAAAUUAGAUAUAGAAUAUAUACUAUGAUCGACCAGUUCGGCACAUAUCUGAUCAUAAUAUAUUGGCAAAGGCUUCAAAACUUAAGGCAAAAGUUGCUGGCACAAGAAAAAAACUAGCCACGUCAAUUAGGUGCCAGUACGCUCAUUUGAAAGCAUAUGAAUAGGAAUAAUUGUGGAUUUUCAUCAUAUAGUUUAACUCUUGCAAUGAAUUUGGAGAGGUUUGCGCUGAUCUAGGAAUUGCUUCAUAUCCAUUAAAGAAAAUGUUAUACCUAGCCUGUAUUAAAAAACACAGUUCAAGUAUCAACUUUUUUUGAGUUUCCGAUGUGAGAGUUUCCUACCUAAAUUAUUAACAACUAGUUUGCAAAACACACCUCAAAACUGAUAGUUGAGGUGUAUUUUGCAAGCUAGUUGGUGAUAGUUUAGGUACGAAAAGUGAAUAAGUGAUAGUUCAGUUGUGUUUUGCAAACUAACUCAUGAUAGUUUAGGUAGAAAACUCUCACAUCUGAUAGUUCAGGUAAGAAACUCAAAAAAAGGUGAUACUUGAGGUGUGUUUUUUUACCCUUAACCCAUUAUUAUAUGAUGUUUGGUGGAUUAAAUCUCGAUACAUUUAACAAUGAGAAGUUAUUGAGAUAGGAAAUGUUCAACAUGUCAUUUUAAAAGCAUGAGAGAGGAGCAAUAGCGCUUGAGUGUUUUUUAUGAUAUGCGUUAAUUAUUUUUCCCUUUAUUGUUUGAUGCAACUAUGCUUAUUAAUCAAAUAUUGGAAACUUUUAACUAAUUUAGAUGCACAAAUUCAACUUGGCUUUCAUUUGGGGUUUGUCCUCUCUUUUUAUGAUUCAAGAUGACAGUAUAGCCUGUUUAAUACUACUAGUUAUGAUUUAUGAGUCUGAAUUAUUAUAGGAUGAAAACAGCUCCAGCACAAAAUGUUAUAAUAACUGACCACGUAUGGAUGCACAUUAUUCAUCACUUUGGUACAUUGUUGUAUUUGAAAGUAAUCCUAAUUCUUGGUUUCAGAUACAAUUUCUUUAAUUGGUCCCUCAAGUAUCUCAAUUAUGAAUUUGUUAUUUCCGUUAAUGAUCUUUGAUUAUGGAUGGCUAUCUCUCUCUCUCUCUCUCUCUAGACCCUUUUAGAGUUUAUCCACAAAACGUCCAUGUCCUAAGGCUAAGGGUAUCCAUACUUUAUUAGAGAUCUCCCCCUUUAUAACUCCAAAAUAAGUCAUUUUCUUGGAUCUAAGUGACUGAAAAUUAGACUAAUCACAAAGAACAACAAACUUUGCCAUAUUCAUUAGAAAAGAUUUGUAAAUAAAAAACAAUAGUUAAAGAAUGGCUGAGGCUGAAGAUCCACAAGACAUAGCUGAUCGAGAACGAAUCUUCAAGCGUUUUGAUGCAAAUGGUGAUGGACAAAUCUCUGCAUCAGAACUUGGAGAGACCUUGCAGGCCCUGGGUUCUGUUACUCCUGAAGAAGUUAAGUAUAUGAUGGAUGAAAUUGACACUGAUAAAGAUGGUUUCAUUUCCUUUCAAGAGUUCACAGAUUUUGCUCGAGCCAACCGAGGCUUGAUUAGGGACGUUGCUAAAAUUUUCUAGUUUCCUCUUUGAAUAUAUCUCACCAUUUUGUUAUGGAUUUAAUUUAUAUGCACUGUCUAUUAGUGUAUUUUAACAUGUAGUAGGUAUUUGCCUUAUUUUCCUGAUUAUUUUUUCUCAUUUAAUGGGUGGUUACUUGUAGUUUUGUUUAGGCAAUAUGAUAGUGUGAAGAUUCUUUUAUUCAGUCAGGGUAUAGAAGUUAAAGUCGAUAUCGGUCCAUCAAGAAUUUCUCCCGUCUUUUUUUCUUGUUAAAGAAACCGUUUAAUUUUUAGUUAAACUGUAACCUCCAUUUUGCUUACAUCAUAUUGAGGUGGACUGUAUGUAUCUUUUUUCAUUUAAUUUGUGUGGUAUACAACAAAAUUUGUCGUUGUUUUU